GAAAAGAAGAAGAAGAAGAAGAAGAAGAAGAAGAAAGUUUGAAGUGAAGCUACAGAGCAGGAGUGUCUGUCUGCUAUGCAAGUAGAAACUGGAGAGAUGCUUAGAAUAGUGACUUGGGUCAAGUCAAGCGUAUGUUGCAAUUGUUGAGGAGUAGUAAGGCGAAAAAGGGACCUCUCAGCUGGUUUGCCUACCGACAAUAAACGCCAAAGAAGAAGAAUAUUUCCGGAGCACUCCUGAGGAUUUAACUGUCACUUUAUCCAAACUCACGCCGCUGCCCAGCUGAUGGGGUUUUCGCCGACUCUCAGGAAGUGAGCCACUGAAUGUGUGAUGGAUCUUGAAAACUGUCUGAAAAACAUUCUGAAGAACAAAUUUCAGAAAGUGAAAGAAGCUGAAAACUCAUUACUUCCUUCAAGACUUUGCUAUCGUGAGCUCAAGCAGGAACACAAACUAUUUCAUACUAAUUUGUUACAGAAUGAGUUUAGAUUUAUUGACAAGUCCGACCUUCACACUUGGGUUGUUUAUCCAACUGUCCCGCUCUCGGAGAUUUUAUCGUGCGACUGUAAACACAACAGCAGCCAAAGAACGGUCCUCACCGUAGGCGUGUGUGGCGUUGGAAAAACCACAACAGUGCAGAGAUGUGCUCUGGAGUGGGCCGAGGGCAAAGCGUGCCAGGACGUCCAUCUCCUGUUUCCUCUCACCUUCUGGGAGUUAAAUUUGCUCGAACACGAACUGACCCUAAUUGAACUUCUCCUGACGUUUUUCCCUGACCUGAAGGAGCUUGACAGCGUCAGCCUCAGGAAUAGCAGUGUGUGCUUUGUCCUUGAUGCGCUGGAUGAGUAUCAUGGCACAUUAGACUUUCACUGUCCAACUGUGAGUGAUGUUUCUGAGUUAUCUACAGUAGAAAAUCUUUUGACUAAUCUCAUCAGGGGGGAUUUACUUCCCCUUGCUCAUAUAUGGAUAACAACCAGAUUUGCAGCGGCAACACAAAUCCCUGAUCGUUUUUUGCUUAAAGAGACCGAGGUUCAAGGGUUCAAUGAUGAACAGCAGGAGGAGCACCUCAGGGCACUCGUCGGUGAUGACAAUUUGGCCGACAAAGUCAUCAACCACGUGAAAAUAUCAAGGAGUCUGGACUUCCUUUGUCAGGUACCCACAAUCUGCACCAUCAUGGCAAAUGUGUUGAAGGAUCAUCUAAAACCAGAUGAUGGAUUUAAAAUCCACCCCCUGAGUUUAACCCAGAUCUACACAAAUCUGCUCAAAGCAUCAAACCCAGAAACGGUUGCCAAGCUGAAAAUGCUGGCAAAGCUUUGGAUGGGAGAAUGUGAGGUAUUCUAUGAUUAUCAUCUUUCAGAAAUUGACCUAAGUGUUGAGGAAGCGUCAACUUUCUCUAAAGAGUGUCCUCUUGUGUUGAAAGAAGAAAAUGGGCUUCAUAACAGCACUGUGUUUCGCUUUGGUCACUCAAGCAUUCUGGAGUUCUUUGCAGCGUCUGCUGAAUUGGACAAUAUUGAAACAAAAUCUGACCCGUCGAGACUUUGUAAGUGUCUGGUGGACACGGCACUGGAGAGUUCUAUGGGAAAAACAGAUGUCUUCCUUCGCUUCAUCUUUGGUCUCCUUAGAGAGCGCGGCAUGUUGGAGCCGCAUGAUCCGCUGUUAGUCUACACCAAGAAGCUGAUCCUGGACUACAUUCUGUCCUACAAGGCUGUGGGUCUGUUCCACUGUCUGAGGGAGUACGACAACCAGGCUUUACUGCAUGAAGUUAAGUUUUUCCUGAAGUAUCGCUUCUGUCCCAUUUCUAAUUUCUCAGAAAUGCAUUGGACCAUCAUGUUGCAGCGGACCAGCAAUUUCGAAGGGAUAAGAGACAGUUUUGAGAUGCCAGUGUCUGCGAGAUGUGAUGAGAAACUCAUCAGGCAGCUAGCAGCUAUUUUCAAAUCCAAGAAAGCCAUGCUGCGAUUCUCCAACCUGACAGACAAGUGUUGUCCGGCCUUAGCAUCCAUCCUGAGCACAAAGGAGUCUUACCUGAGGGAGCUGGACCUGGGGUUCAACAGCAUCAGGGAUGAAGGAGUCAGGGAGCUGGUGGAGGGGCUGAGCGAUGAAAACUGCAGGCUGAAGACCAUCAGGCUGCAAGGCUGCGGAUUGACCGGGCACUCCUGUGAAGACCUGGCCCUGGUCCUGAGACGGUCUCCGAAACUGCGAGAGUUGGACCUCAGCAUGAACGAGAUAGGAGAUGACGGAGUGAGAUAUCUUGCAGAUGGUUUGAGAUCUCCUGAAUGCCAGUUGGAAACGCUCAGACUAUCACAGUGCAACAUUGAGGAGAAAGGCAGCAGCUACCUGGCCUCGGCUCUGCAGGAGAACUGGGGCAGCCUGAAAGUGUUGGACCUGAGCAUCAACAUGGUUGGAGACAAAGGGACCAAAGAGCUCUACAUAAAAUGUGACAGGCAGCUAACGAAGCUGGAGAUUUACCACUGUGGCCUCACUGUGUUGAGCUGUCACAAUAUCGGGGAGGCUCUGAAGUACGAAACCAGCUCUCUGGUAGAGCUCAACCUGAGCAACAACCAGUUGAAAGACGCUGGCUUUGCACUCAUCUGCGAGGGCAUGUACGCAUGGUGUAGACUGGAGAAACUCAAUGUUUCAAGGUGUGGAAUCACUGGCAGGGCUUGCGUUCAUCUUGCCACGGUCCUGUGCUCCCUGUCGCAGCUGUACAAGGGGCUGACGCAGAAGACCGACUGGAAGGCGGUGGAGCUGAGAGAGCUGGACCUCAGCAUGAACUGCCUCGGGGACCAGGGGGUCAGGGAAAUAUCGGCCGGACUGAAGAACCCCUGCAGCCGCCUGAGAGCGCUCAACCUGAGUCACUGCAGCCUGACGGAUGACUGCUGUGCAGAGCUGGCCUCGGGCCUGGCCUCCAAGGAGAGCAUCCUCAGCGAGCUGGACCUGUCGGAGAACAACCUGCAGGACAAGGGAGUGAGGAAACUCUGCACGGGAAUCAGAAGCCCUCACUGUAAACUCGAGAAGCUGUCACUGAGGACCUGCGGCCUGACCUCCAGGAGCAUCCAGUUCCUGUCUGCCGCCCUGAAGGCCAACCCCCAACACCUGGCAGAGCUGCAUCUGAUGGGCAACAACCUGGAAAACUCAGGACUCAAAGUGUUGGUGGAGCUGACCAAGAACCAGAAAUACUGCUUGCAUACGAUCGAUGUGUGUGCAGACUGAGGAGAGCUGCUCCAACAUGGACCAAACAUUCAUCACAUGACCCCAAUUGUAUGUAGCAAGUUGUCCCUCAAUAGGUUCCUACAGUAUUAUUGUUAUGAUUUUGAAGAAUAUUUUCACAAAAUAUGAUUUACCAAAAAUGAGAGGGAAAUGUUUAAAAAAUAUAUUUUUUACGUUACACAAAAAUGAGAGUGUAAAGAAUAUUUGACUUAUUUAUUACUAUUUUGUUUGGAGAACGUCUUUUUUUUCUAAGCUGCCCUUCACAUUCUAAACUAUAUAUAUUUUCUUAGGUUGAGACAGCAAUGAAUGUAAGAUGAUAAUAUAUGUGAUGUAUCCCAUCACAUAUGUGCCUCCAGUAUUCUUGUUAUGCACUAUUCAGUUAAAUCUUGUGCACUGAUCAAAAUAAAACGUUAUCUCUGACAGAACAAA